AUGAAGUACAUAUUAGUUUGCGGAGGAGUUAUUUCCGGAGUGGGAAAAGGCGUUAUAUCAAGCAGCAUAGGGCAUAUGCUAAAGAAUGAAGGGCAUCACGUGACAAUCGUCAAGAUAGACCCGUACUUGAAUUUCAAUGCAGGCACUUUGGGCCCAAGAGAUCAUGGAGAAGUUUUUGUUCUGGACGACGGCACAGAAACAGACUUGGAUUUGGGCAACUACGAAAGGUUUUUGGGGUCUAAUCUGACAAAGUUCAACAGCAUCACAAGCGGACGUAUGUACAGCGAGGUAAUCAAGCGAGAAAGAGAGGGCGAGUAUCUGGGAAAAACCGUGCAGGUUGUUCCGCAUGUCACAGACCACAUAAAAAACAGCAUUCGAAACGCUGCUUUUCUUCCGGUGGAGAACCACACAACGCCUCCAAACAUAUGCAUCAUAGAGCUGGGCGGGGUUGUUGGAGACAUUGAGUCCAUAACGUUUAUAGAGGCGCUUCGGCAGAUGCAUGUUGAGGAGGGCCGCGAAAAGUUUUUGGUGGUUGGCGUGGACUACUCGCUGGAAAUCAACGGGGAGCACAAGACAAAGCCAAUCCAGGCCUCUGCCAAGAGGGCGCGCGAGCUUGGGAUUCCAUACGACAUGGUUGUGUGCCGAUCCAAGUCAAAAAUAGAAAAAGACCCAAUGGACAAAAUAAUUUUGUUUACUGGCGCAGAGAAGGUGGUGGAGAUGCCAAACUGCAACGUGCUGGACGUUCCUGCGCAGCUGGCUGGAGACACCGGCGUCCUGGAGUAUCUGAACCGGCGGCUCAAUCUGCCCAUCAUCGAAAACGUGCAGAAAGACGACGCGCACUUGCUGAAGAUAGUUGCUGCCAAGGCGAACACCUGCAAGGUCGCGAUUGUUGGGAAGUACAGCAACCACGAAGACGCGUAUCUGUCUAUUAAGGAGUCGCUCAAGAUUGCGGGGGCCGCGGACGAAAUCGACGCAGACGUGAAAACCACAUACUUUGACACGUCUUCUUUCAAGGGCGCGCAGUCCUUGGAGAUCCUCAAGGCGUUUGACGGGAUAGUCAUUCCAGGCGGGUUUGGGCGCAGAGGAGUUGAGGAGAUGAUUUUGGUUGCUGAGUACGCAAGAAACAACCAGAUUCCGCUCCUGGGCAUAUGCCUCGGAAUGCAGAUCAUUGCCAUAGAGUAUGCACGAAACAUCCUGAACAUACAAAACGCAACAAGCGAGGAGCUUGUGACCGAAGAAGACAUUCACACGAUCAUCGACGACAAGAUAAACGACGAAAACUGCCCCUCUGACAAGUCUGCAUACUCACUGAUUAUUUCCAAGCACCCUGGAAAAAUCCGAAUAGGGAGGCACGAGACCGCCACCAUUUCUGGAACGCGCACGGCAGAGCUGUAUGGAAGCAUAGAAGGAUCUAUUAUAUCCGAAAGGUUUAGGCACAGAUACGGCGUGAACACUAAAUAUGUUUCAGAGUUUGAGAAGAACGGGCUCAAGGUUGGCGCUAGACACAAAAACUACAUCGAUGCCUUAGAGAUGCCAGAGCACCCGUUCUAUAUGGGCGUGCAGUUCCACCCUGAGUUCCUGUCCAAGCCGGGAAUGCCCAGGCCCUGCUUCACGGCUUUCCUUUUGGCGUGUUUGAGAAAGUAA